AUGGCCUGCCCUAGGGUGCGGCUGGUGGUCACAGCGGACGACUUUGGUUACUGCCCGCGGCGUGAUGAGGGCAUCGUGGAGGCCUUCAUGGUGGGGGCCGUGACCAGCGUGUCCCUGCUAGUCAACGGCGCCGCCGCGGAGAGCGCGGCGGAACUAGCCCGCCGGCACCGCAUCCCCACAGGCCUCCAUGCCAAUCUGUCCGAGGGUCGACCAGUGGGUCCUGCCCGCUACGGGACCUCCUCGCUGCUUGGCCCCGAGGGCUUCUUCCUCGGCAAGAUGGGGUUCCGGGAGGCGGUGGCGGCCGGCGAAGUGGCCCUGCCCCAGGUGCGGGAAGAGCUGGAGGCGCAGCUGAGCCGCUUUCGGGAGUUGCUGGGCAGGGACCCUACGCACGUGGACGGGCACCAGCACGUGCACGUGCUGCCAGGCGUGUGCCAGGUGUUCGCUGAGGUGCUGCAGGCCUACGGGGUGCGUUUCACGCGUGUCCCGAUAGAGCAUGGCGUGGGCGGCUGUGCAUGGUUGGAGGCCCCGGCGCGUGCUUUUGCCUGCGCGGUGGGGCGUGAUGCACAGGCAGCUACCGGCCCCUUUUCUCGGCACGGCCUGCGGUGGACUGACACCUUUGUGGGCCUGAGCACAUGCGGCCGCCACAUGUCCGCACAACGUGUGGCCGGGGCACUGGCCCGGGCCCUGGAAAGUGUCCCCGCCAACCAAGCGCUGACAGCGGAACUGAUGGCACACCCCGGUUACCCCAGCGUGCCACCAGCGGGGGGCUGCGGAGAGGGCCCAGACGCCUUCUCCUGUUCCUGGGAGCGGCUACACGAGCUGCGUGUCCUCACUGAACCCUCACUGCGUGCACAACUGGCCCAGGAAGGCGUGCAGCUCUGUGCCCUGGAGGCCCUGGAUGCCAAGAGGUUCGGGGAGGGGCCCUUUGGCGAGGCCUCGCUGGAGCCCUCUCGGGAACCUUCCCUUUGCUGA